CCACAUUCAUCAUAUCACGAAAGUUAGAAUAUUUCAUCUCGUUAGAAUACGGCAAAAAUGUACGGUGCUUGCUGUGACCACCUAUGACCUAUAGUUCAAGUGUUUAUUCUCUACGACCUUGAGUGGAAAUUUAAUUAGUAAAGUGACUGUGAACAAGUAAACUAAUGACGUCGUUCCGGUCCUAUCAAAUGGUCAAUAUAGGGAAGGGACAAAUAAAACAAUUAAACAAACCGUAUAACGUCUGCUUAUACAACUCUGUGCCGUUAAAACUACAUAUUGCAUGGACGGAUAUUGGCUUACACAUUAACAUGUCGUUCGUAGUAACGAGUAUCCUGAGCUCUACUGUGGGAUUGCUGUACAAUAAAGCACGGGAUAAAACUGCGAACAGGCUAAAAGACGGAGAUAUAACGGACGUCAAAAUACGAGAAAUUGUCGUACGAGAGUUAAACGAUAUCAAAUUCAAACUUGACGGUCUUGGGCGAAAGGACUUACUAAGUAGCUACCGUUUUCUUAAGGAAGGCGUUGAUUUACUUAAUGUUGCACUUGAUAUAUCAAACGACGAAGAAAAUGGUGUUAAUGCAUCCAGCAUGUCGAAUGCUGUCGAGCGGUCUACCAUCUUAAACGACGCGUUUGAACUUUCGAACGAAGUACAAAAGUUGAAAUUCAAAUCGGACAAUGAGUAUGAAACUGCUAAGAAAAGAUUCGAAGACGCGCGCAAGACGGCAACCCAUGCUUUCUGUAACGAAGCUUUGAGUAUCAAGGACAGAAUUUUCGCCGCUAAACUUCGAGUCGCUUCUGAGGUAUUGGAAUGUCUUGAAACUCCCAAUUCUGCUAUCACAGGGUGUCUGUCCUUUCUCCACGAUCUGCACAGCUUACCAGCAAUCCGUGAGAUAUUCUCGGUGUAUCUUAACGGUGGAAUCAAGUCGCGGUUAAACCGGGCGGAACGAAUGGACACUGUGAGAUCUGUUAUGAUGAUCAACUAUGUCAUGUACCAAUUCAAUUUUAAGUUUUGCCGAAAGCGUACAGUCAAAGCGAUUUGGCCGAUAGAAAUUAAGCUUGCCGACCGCAGUUUUAAUCCGAUUUUACACUGGCAAGAAGUCUCGUCAGGAAAGUUGUGGGGUCGUGAAGUAAUGCAACCGCGAAACGAACUGUUACUCGAAGAGCACAUAUGGCCUAGUCGUUCUGCUUUGAAAAUUUCUGGCGAUAUUGUUGCAGUUAGUGCAAGAUCCACUGAUGAUCUUAAGUUGAUUUCGAAGAGGGGCGAAAGCAUGGUGACCUUAACUAACCCAAAAGGAGGCAAUGUUAGCGAGUAUCACAUACAAGGACUUGCUGUGGAUAACAAUAACAAUGUGUAUAUUGUCAGAUGCCACGAGAAACCCGCGGAGAAUGCAGACGACUUGAAAUUUUACGUGUUGCAUGUUUUAGAUGAAACGUGUAAUGUAAAGCACCAGUACACCUUGGACUUUCUUAAGGUGACUGGUUUUGGGGUGAAUAUAGCCCUAAACAAUAACAAUGAUAUCGUCAUGAUAAAGAACGAUGAUCCCUUUGUCUACGUAUGUGACAACACCGGACAUUUGAUACACAAGUUCAAACGAGACUCAGACAGCGUACUCAGGGCUAGCUUGACCAUUUCCAACAAUAAUGAUAUCGUGAUAUCUUCAUCAAAAAACCGGAGUAUUGACAUAUAUACAAACGGUGGGAAUUUAAAGUCAAUCGUGAAACUCCCAGAAGGUCACAAGGUUGUUGGUCUUGCAUUUCAUCAUGACCUUGGUAAAAUAGUUGUUUUGUCACUAGAUAUUAAUAAGGAAUCCUAUUACAUUCUCUGCUAUCCAGGCUCGGGCGGAGACCUAGAGACCUCUACCUUUUUUAGUAAAAGGAAUGCAGGGAGAUCUCGCCCUAACAUCAUAUCUAAACCAGGUGUUCCAAUAACUGUUAUUGAGCCGAAAAGAGUAAUUUACAUAUAAACCUAUAAAUUCUUGUGUAAUAAAAAGGGUAAUGUAGAAAACAUUGUUUAUAUUUUGAAAAACUAUAGUUUUUGAAACUUUGAUUUGUUUUAUACAUGUAUAUAGGUAUGUUUAAAAGCACUUCAAUUCCGCUUCACAUUGUCACAUGCCUCUUAAAAAUAUGAAGUACUAUCCUUCUCCAGGUAAAAUAAACCUGUUAUAAAAUUGCCGCAGCUAUAUCAGAUUCUUGACCUGAGAAAGUAA